AUGUUAAAGUUCCUGCUGCUCGCUUUGGUAUUUGGUUUCGCUCAGGCUAAGCUUGAAGGAACUUGGUAUACCAUUGCCAUCGCUGCUGAUAAUGUAGAGAAGAUAGAGAAAGAAGGAGAGAUGAGACUCUACGAUCGGGAAAUUACUUGUGAAGAGGAAUGUAAAAAAAUGAGAAUCAAAUUUUUUGUCAAACAAAAUGGACAGUGUACUGAGACCACAGUUGUGGGGGAGGUGCAAGAAGAUGGUGAGACCUACCAAGCCCAGUUUUCAGGAAAUAAUUAUUUUAAACCCGUGAAGCAAACAGAAGAGCAUGUAGUCUUUACCGUUCAGAAUAUCGAUAAGGAUAAGAAGGAAACACGACUGAUUUUUGUUCUUGGUAAGAAUGAAAAGUUGACUCCUGAAGAAAUGGAAAAACUUGUUGAAUUUGCUAAGGAAAAAGGCAUUCCACCUGAAAACAUUCGAGAAAUUGUGAAAACAGAGACCCAAAGAAUUCUGUGCAAUGUGUACAGAACCUGUUUCCACAUUUAUAUAAUUAUAACCUUCAUGGGAGAUAUCUAUUUCAAUAAUGUGCUUUCAGGUUAUGAACCUCUAUCCUGGAAGCCCAAAACCGACUCCCCAAGGGAUAAAUUGUCUUUGUUCUUCCUAAGUACAUUUGUACUGGCUCCUGGGCUCCUGAAGUGGUUCCCAGCAUGUUUCAUCUCCUUCGCGUUUCUGGCCUUCGAGGCGCUGUGCAUCCUCUUCUGUUCCUCAGGCCUCGGUGGGCUGGUGGCCAUCAGCCCUCCAGGGAAGAGGAGAACUGCAGCUCAGGGACCAUAA